UAUACUGUAGACAGAUCCAUGAGGCACAGAUGAGUGAGAAGCCCCUCAGCCAUGUCGUCCUAUGCUGCACAGCCGUACCAGCCCAUCAACGCGUAUCCAUCACGCGACAGGCACACGACAUGGGCGCAACCCUCCAGGGUGCACUCACCUCCGACGUCACACAUCUCGUCGUGGGUUCCUCCCAGUCUGACAAGUACCGGUUCGCAGCACGCUCACGGACAGAUAUCCAGCUCAUGGGUAUCGAUUGGGUCGCUCAACUCCAUGAACGCUGGAUCUCAGGCCAGGAUGUGGAUGUAGGUCGCCUCGAGAAACUAUACAGGCACAAGAUCUUUACUGGACUGCGCAUCUCAGUAACAAAUUUGGAUGCGGAUGAGCGGUCAGAGGUAGAGUCCCUUGUUCAGCAGCAUGGCGGUCAGUAUACAGGCGACUUGACUAAGGAAAAUACACAUCUCAUUGCUGGGUUUGCAUCAGGUCGCAAGUUUGAUGCAGUUGCCGUGUGGAAUAAUGGCAUCAAGGUCGUUGGUAUUGAGUGGUUGCAUGUCAGUAUUCAGCGAGGCGCUGCACUCGGCGAGGAGUACUUUAGCUUGACCAUCCCAAGCAAAGAGCGCGGCAAGGAUGCGUGGCAACCCCCAGCAAAGCCCGUGGUCAUGGAGGCAAGUAGCGAUCUAUCGAGUGGCUUGAAGCGUAAAGCAGACGUCACGGCACCGGCAGUCGCACUCAAGCGCAAAUUGAGUAAAAGAACAUCUCAGCAUGCUGGCAAUAGCGAUGGUCUAUGGGAUCAGAUCUUCAUCAAUGGACCAGCCGACCAACCCUCACAACCAGGCGAGCAAGAUGUCACUUUCGACUUGCCAGACACGACAACACACUUCAUCGGCGACGCCGAGGGUGGCUUGGAUGACGCACCCUCAUUACCCAUCUUUCGCGGUCUCAAGUUUGCCAUAUCAGGCUUCGAUGAGCGGCAAAAACGCUUGGUCAAAGCUGCCCUUGAGGGCGAACAAGGCGAGAUCAUUGACAAUGUACAACCGGGCUGCUACGUGGUGGUACCACAAGGUCAAACACCGCCCAUGCAGGUAGAUGCCACGACCCUUGUGACGGAGUGGUGGAUCGAGCGAUGUCUUCACUUUCGUCGUACGGUUGACCCAUCCCAAUCCCUUGGCUGUCAACCAUACGCCUCACAAUUCCCGGUAGCAGAGAUGAACAAGAUGAGUAUUUGCACGACAGGGUUUGAGGGCAUUGAGUUACUGCAUACGGAAAAGCUCAUCAAGCUCGUUGGCGCGCGCUUCACAGAAACCUUGACACGAGAUUGCAGUAUCCUCAUUGCAAAGUCGCCCUCAUCAAGACGCUGCAAUGCCGCUCCAAAGCUAGGUGUGCGUGUGGUGUCCCUUGCUUGGCUAGAAGCCAUUGCUACAUGCGGCCAAUCAACUGGUAUCGUGCAAUACGCACUCGAUGGUAUUGAAAACUCUCGCUGUCGCUUGGAUGGUGUGGUUGUACGUCAACAAAAUCGCCGCAAGGCUCUACGCGGCUGCAAGGUUUACAUUUGUCCAGACUGUCAAGAUCACAAGCUGCUUAUUUUCCUUACCCUUGAACUUGGCGCAGAGCUAGUGAAGAGCUAUCUGGAUACCAUCACCCAUCUCGUUGGUGAGCUCGAACAGCUCGCAAAGCAGGAAAGUAUCCUUGAUGAUGGAGAUGCAAUUGCAGUGACACCUGCUUGGCUCAGAGCGUGUGAUGCUGCCUCGAGCAGAGUCGCAGAAAGUGGCUUUAGACCCGGCAAGACAUCACCCGCCAAGCCUAGUGUCAAAGCUGAACCUACGAAAUCGAAACCUACUGCGAAAUUGGAGAAGAAGGCGACAGCGACGUCUAGUGUGGAUUCGGCACUCAACCUCACAGCCAAGAUGAUACCCAGUGGAUCGGGCAAGCGUUCCCGUCGGUUACUUGGCAGGGCCGCUAGUGCGCCAGAUGCUUUUAUCGAAGACGGUGCGCUUUCUGAUGUCUCUAUCCCUGGCGCGGGAUUGUCUCUACGAACGCGUCUAGCAAGCUUGCCGACAGCUGUUCGAGAAGAUGCAUAUGCAUUCGAUACAGCCAAAGCUCAACUCGUACCGCAAGAGAAAGAGGAAGAGGAAGGUGAGGUUCGGUAUGCGGACCCAGAAACCGCUGCUGUUCGACGAAGCAUCCUUGCACGACUGGAAGGGCGUGCCAAUGAAGCGGGUGACGUGACGCUCGUUCGUCAGGCUUCAUCUCUCUCAACUGAUCAUGUCGGGAGUCUCAAGGGUGGCGCAUCCGUAGCGUCACUGCUCCGUGAGGAGUCAACCAGCGUGACGAGUCAUGCAGGGGAAAGUCGUGCGAGUAGUGGCAGCGGUAUGACGAAAGCUGUUGGCCUGGGUUCACGUAAGACGCGUGGACGGACUGCAGCUGUCGCGGCAAAAGUUGCAGGACUCAAUGGGCGCUCGUGAGUACAAGACUUGUUUCCAUAUAUCAUAAUGCAAUCUCACUGGUGCUAAGCUAG